AUGCCAAUGGCCGAAGUUAAUAAUAUUCACGAAAACUAUGCUUUUCAGUCAAGAAUAUAAUAAAUGAUAAAAAAAGAUUGUUAAUGCAUGUAAAAUUAAAACGUUUAGUGUAUGUUUGAUCAACGCAUUACAUUUCGCACAAUGUCGAACCACAUGAAUCAUACAUCUUUGUGAACGUUUUAUAAUAUAAUUUUAAUUUUGGAACAUAAAUCGGUGUAUAUCAUAAACAAGUGCAUUAAACAUGCGGGAAUUUAAAGUGGUUGUGCUUGGUUCCGGAGGCGUUGGUAAAUCGGCCCUAACUGUUCAAUUUGUCUCGGGGUGUUUUAUUGAAAAGUAUGAUCCCACCAUCGAGGACUUUUAUCGAAAGGAAAUAGAGGUUGACAGUUCUCCGUGUGUUUUGGAAAUAUUGGAUACAGCCGGAACUGAACAAUUUGCUUCUAUGAGAGAUCUCUACAUAAAAAACGGGCAUGGCUUUAUUGUGAUGUAUUCGCUGACAAACCAUCAAACAUUUCAGGAUAUUUCAAGUAUGAAAAAUGUGAUUACUCGAGUUAAAGGAAGCCAACCAGCACCGAUAUUACUUGUAGCAAAUAAAUUUGAUUUGGAUUGUCAAAGAGAAGUAUCAACCGCUGAAGGUAAUGCCCUGGCACAUCUCUGGGAAUGUCCUUUUAUCGAAGCAUCAGCAAAGGAUCGAAUAAAUGUCAAUGAAGUGUUCGCAACUAUUGUUCGAGAGAUGAAUUUAACACAAGAGAAACGACAAAAAAAGAAAUACUGUUGUUGUACGCUUUUAUAGAAAUUUGUAAAUAUGUAAGAUUAAUAUAGUUAAAAAUAAAAUCACAAAUAUGUAUGUAAAAAAUAUACUGACCAAGUAAUAAGUUUAAUGUCCGAGAUAUUUAAAAGGAACACCAUGAAAAAAUAAAUAA